AUCUCGCAAGGUUUUGCGGAGGCGACUCAGGUGUUUCAAAAUUUGCCUAUUUAUUAUCAAGUGGGUUCUGGAUUUGAGGUAAAAAAUAUUAUUGUUUAAUAUUUUAAACUUUAUCUUAGUUAAAAAUAAAUAUCAUGUACUAUUAUAGUUAAAAAUAUAUUAUCUUAUUAUAUAAAAUUAUUAUUAUUAUUUUUAAUAGACUCAGCCUGGACCUUCUACUGUUGGAUCUCCAUUCAUAGAACGCACGCCUCCUGAGCCUAUUGAUUUAAGUCCAGCCAUUAUGCUUCAACAAUUAUCUCGUCGACGAACUGUAAAAUAUCAAGGUGAUGAAGUUUCCUACAGAGCAAUAAUCGAUCAAGAUAAAUUGCCAGACGAUUUACUUAACACUCCCCUUGUAGAUGUAUCGGUUGAAUUGGUAGGGCAGUUGUUUAAUAAGAUUUUGAAAAAGGUCUGCUGGAAUUUGAAAGCUAAUGAUCUUGUUAGAAUUUGUAUUCAAGCCGAUGGUUUAGACAAACCGAUUUCUACGAAAUUGAUGCCCUGUGCUGAGAUGACAGUAGAGAAAAUUAUGUCUGCUGUCUUGAAAGUGCUGCAAUCAAAGAAUACAAUUGAACUGGACAAUGGUUUUUUAAUUGAUGCCAUAACCAUUUUGCGGGAUGUUGGAGCUGGCCGUACACACCGAGUGAUAAAUGAAAAGUUGGACAGUUUGAAGAAGACUUCAAUUUUGACAAUACCCUCUGAUAAUGAAGGUUUGUGCUGCGCUAAAGCCAUAGUGUAUGCAAUUGCUCACUUAGAUAAUGAUAGAACAGCUAUACACGCAUUACGAGACAAGAGAAGACCUGCGCUUAUGAUACGAGCGAAAAACUUGCAUGAAGCUGCAAAUGUUCCUCUAGGGCCUUGCUCUUACAGAGAGAUAAAAAAAUUUGAAGACCAUCUGAAUGUACAGAUNAGCUUUUAA